AUGUCCCUCAAAACGCCACGUCUUCCUUCGCUGGGGGGAUGCAUGCGAGACGGUAUAGCUAACAUAACUUGGCCGAUAGGCCCCGGCGCAUCUGUGGUGGCGUACACUCCAGGCCUCGUAGCUUACCAAAGGCAGAAGCCUAAACUGCCUGAGCCUCCAUUCCUCGUGCGCAUGUGGUUUAUUGGUUUCAUUCUGAUCGGCGUCUUCUUUGUGGGAAUCGCGGUGGUGCUUGCGAUUUGCGUCCAGUUCUACUUCAGUGCGUCUGAACAGCGGCGAACGGAGAAGGUGCUGGAUAGGGGGGAGGGGGGUUUUAUUGCCACUGAUAGCACCGAAAACCCAUUCCUCACCACAGGGUCGGUCCUCGAGGAGGAGGAAGAGGAGGAGGAAAUGGAGGAGGGAUAG